AUGGAGAACGCUGAAGAGAUACUCCAAGCUCUUUUUCUCGGCAUCUCACUUGCGUCGGUUCUACUACAAACAUGUCGAUACGGAAAGGCUCUCGAGGUGUUUACUGAAUGCUUGGAGUUUCUUAAAAAACACGAUUCGAGCUUGGAAGCCGAAACAUUUAAACGCCUCUCAGCACUAGUCUACUGCAGGUUAUCUCACAUUUAUUUCCAUAUUGGAGACUCCAAGAAUGGCUUUGAAAAGAGAGAAAAGGCAAACGCUCUAUAUCCCCAAAUGGGUGGCAGUCAAAGUUCAGCUGAAUUUUUGGCUAAACCUGGUGAUGAGCACGUGUCUAAAACCCAUGACUCGCCAGAUAAUGAGGAGGACCAAGAAAUUCAUGAAGAUCCAUUAUCAGCCAGGAAUUAUAGAGACAAGAUUAAGGAAGCAGAUGAACUUGACAGACUCAGUCAUUUAGCUCUUUCUCGUUUCGAAUACUCCGAAGCCAGACGCCUUUUAGAGAGAUUAGCUGAACUAUGGGGCGAGCUUGGGGACAGGGAGGAAGAGAAAACUGCAAUCUUUCGUCUCGGCGAACUAUAUAAGUCACUUGAUGAGUACGACCAAGCACAAACGUAUUUUGAAAAGGUCCUACUGAUGGCGGAGGAAGAUGAAGACACUUACAUGCAAGGAGCGGUUUUUGGCAAACUUGGGGCUUUAUGUAACUUUCGCGGUGACUAUGUCAAGGCAAAAAGCUUGCGCAAGAAGGCACUCGAAAUUAGUUUGAAGAUUGGAGACAAGAGAGGAGAGGUUAUUGAUUACAGAGUCCUCUCUGAUGUUCUGCUCAAUCUUGGUGAAUUUAAAGAAGCUCAAGACUGCUGCUUAAAGGCACUCACUCUUAGUAAGGAAAUUGGCGACAGUGAAGAAGAGGGCUUGGCAUACAGCGAGCUAGGUGAUAUUCAGAGAAAGUUGAAAGACUUUGAAUUAGCAGAGCACUACUACAAGAGUGCAAGGGAAGUAUACGAACUAAUUGGAGACUUGGAAAAUGAAGAGAAAGAAAACAGUCGACUUGGUGUACUGUACCGUUUUCUUUGCAAAUACGAUUUGGCACUUAAAAGUCAUGAGAGUAGUCUUAUUAUAACGAAGCAAAUGGGUAAUAAAAGAGGUGAAGCCAAACAAUACAGCAACCUUGGAGCUGUUUAUCAAGAUCUCGGAAAUUACCUCAUGGCUAAGGAAUGCUGCGAACAAGCCCUUGUUAUCAGCACAAGAGAAAAUCACUUAAAGGGGCAAGCAAUUGAUUAUGGCAAUCUAGGAACUGUCCACCAGCUUUUUGGUGACUUCACAACUGCGUACGAACUCCACCGAAAAGCGCUGCAGAUUAAAAUUCGAAUUGAUCUCAAAGAAGGAUUAGCUGAAGAUUACUUUAAUCUCGGUCGUUGCUGUAAGCAUCUUGGUAAAUAUGCAAAGGCAAAGGAGUUUUGGCAAUUAGGACUUGAUGUCGCAAGAACUACUGGUCACAGUCUGAUUGAGUCAAAUAUCAUUGCUAGUUUGGCAUCCGUGGAGCAAACUAUUGGCGAGUAUGAAAGCGCUAACGCUCAUUAUGAACAGGCACUUCUCAUCAGCCAAGAGGCCAAAGACCUCAAGCGACAGGCAUGUAUGACCGGCAACCUCGGACUAAUUGCUCAGUCUCUUGGUGAUAUACCUAAGGCCCAGGAAUUUCUUGAAAGAUCCGUACAGAAACUGAAACAAAUUGGAUGUAAAGAUGAAGAGAGCACGGCUUUGGCAAACCUUGGAAUGCUCUAUUGUUCAUUGGGUGAAUAUAGUAAGGCGAUAAGAUACAAUGAAGAUGCUCUUGCCAUUUCAAGAGAAAUACAUGACAAAGAGGGGGAAAUGGCAUUCAACAACAAUUUGGGACAGAUUUACUUGUUUCAAAAAGAAUUAGAAAAAGCAUCUGAUUGUUUUACCAAGGCACUAUCAAUGGCUGAAGUUAUUAAAGACUCAAGAGCUGAAAGCCUUAGCUACUGCAACAUAGCAUUUGUGUGUUUAGUUAGAAACGAUGUACCAAAAGCUUUCUGGUACCUCUCAGCAAGCAUCAAGACGCUAGAAAAAGCGUCGGUAUUACAUGGAGAAAGCGAAGAUUUUCAGAUCGGCUUUGCAGACCAACACAAUGAUCCUUAUCGAUUAAUGGUUGUUGUCUUGCUUAAACUAGGAAAUAUUGAUCACGCUUUGUCAGUGUCGGAGCUUGGACGUGCAAGAUCAUUGGCCCAGCGAAUGGAAACUCAAUAUUCAGCGCAACCAUUACCUGCUUUUGACCCUUUUCAAUGGAUUGAUCAUAAAAACGUUGUUCAAGACAAAUCUUGCGUAUGCUUGUCAUUUUGCUUUUACAUGGAAAGGCUAUUUUUAUGGAUUCUAAAGGCUAACAUGAGGACAGCUUGCAAAGAGAUGUCAGCGAGUCAAUGGCUUUCAGCAGACAAUCAACCUCAACGGGACUCUUUUCAAGACAAGUUGAAGGAUCUGGCGAAUAAGUGUUACAGAGAGUUUUCACUUUUGUCAGGAGAACGAUGCGAAGAUCGCUAUUUGGUUCUGGAUGAUGAACAUUCUGAGGCUAGAUCUCCAACCAAAUCCGAAGGAAGCUCGCAGCCACAACAAAGUUUUGACGCUUGCCAAGUCAAGGAGAAGAAUGAAGGAGGAUCAGAAGAAGAACCGCCCCUCAAAGUGUUGUAUAAAGUCACCAUAGCUCCUGUGGCUGAUCUCCUGGAAGGAUCUGAGAUAGUUGUUGUCCCUGAUCGUUCACUAUACAGAGUUCCAUUUUCUGCGUUGAUUAACGAGAAAGGAGGAUUUCUGGCAGAAAGGUUCAGGAUUCGGUAUACUCCAUCACUGACGACUCUCAAGCUGAUCCAAGACAGUCCUGCAGAUUAUCACAGUGAAAGUGGCGUUCUUAUAGUUGGCGAUCCUGAUGUUGGUACUGUCACGCACCAGGGACGUAGGUUAACACUUCCUCGAUUACCAUGUGCUAAAGAAGAAGCUGAGAUGAUUGGAAAGAUUCUUCACGUUCAACCCUUAACUGGUAAAGAAGCUACGAAAGAAGCGGUACUACAAAAGAUACACUCUGUAAGUCUCAUUCACAUUGCUGCACAUGGUGAACCAGAGAGAGGUAAUAUCGCAUUAGCUCCAUCCAAUCAUGAGAGGGAUGACUUUCUGUUGACGAUGGCCGACAUCUCCGCAGUCAGAUUGCGAGCCAAACUGGUGGUGCUCAGUUGUUGUCACAGUGGAAAAGGACACAUCAAAGCUGAGGGAGUUGUUGGCAUCGCUCGAGCCUUCCUAGGAUCUGGCGCUUGCUCAGUUUUGGCGUCUCUCUGGGCUGUGGACGACGAAGCAACAAUGGCGUUCAUGGAGCAAUUCUACCAGCACUUGGUGAAUGGAAAGGGUGCGAGUGACUCUCUUCAUGAAAGCAUGAAAUGGAUGAGAGAGAACCCAGACUACUCGGAAGUGAGAAAAUGGGCACCAUUCGUGUUGAUUGGAGAUGAUGUGUCAUUCCAAUUCGCCAAAUAAAUGUAAGUCCCGGAAUGUAGGUGGGAUGCAGUGAUACAAAAUUAAGUGAAAAAAUAUAAUAACGCAAUUCAGAAGCAUGUCUGGCGUACUGCGACACGUGACGUAGUAAGCGUGUUUUUCAGUGACAGAAUCAGCUUACUAUUUUUUUUUUGUUUAACAGUGAGAGAGAAUUCUUCAUAACUGGAGGAGAAAGUACCAGGUGUCUCAACACAGUAAACUGUGAAAGAUGUUGCUGUUGUGAAGGGACUCUGAGAGGAAAUACAAGUUCAGCUAAAACCUUUGUUUCAGUAGACUUUUAAUUUUGAAGUGUUAAAUAAUUAUGAGUUUUACUAGACGUGUUCUUCUUUGGAGAGAAUCUCAGUGGUGUGCUCAGAGAUGCGAGGACGGAGACAGCUUCAAAGAAAAUGCGCUCUGAAUCGAAAAAGACGACGAAUAAGAAAUUAAUUUAUCAUUUAAACUGGGGUAUUAUACAAGGAUUCCACCCCUGAGAAAAGCCGUAACAACACACGUCAAAAAAUACAUUAGUUUCAUUCUUCUCGAUCCAUGGUUGUUUAUCCAAAUUUUCUCGGAUCAUGGCUGCUUAAACACUGAAAAGUCCGUAUCGCUUAUAGAAAAUGACGUUCAAAAUUUCCCAGAAGACGAAAGUUAAGUAAUCAGUGGCUUUAGUGGUGGCAUUUCCCGCGGCUGAAAACGAAACUCGACAACUGGAAGAUUUUGUCGCUGAGGAAAAAGUCAUUAACUGACAAUUUUGUAUAUUGAAUAUUACUUUGACUAUUUGUUUUGUAAUGAUUCAAUGAAUUUUUCUUAUCUUGAGCCUUAUCGCCAACGCAUUUUACAAUUUUUCGGAAAUUUUGGAUUUCAUUUUUUUUUAUUCUUUAAUUAAGUCGACUUAAGGGCUAUUCUGUUUAUACAGUAAACAGAUUAAGACAUGGGCGUGCGUAGAGAUGAAAUUUCUCUUCGAGAGUUUAACUCAACAACUUACAAGUGAGCGCAGCUCACUCGUGAGCUAUCGAGUCGAACACUUGAAGAGAAAUUCCAUGUCUACGCACGCCCACGUAUUCUCUACAAAACAUUGUAAAUAG